AUGAGGAUGGCCGUGGGCUCCGUGAAGAUGCAGCCGCCGUGCGAGAGCCCGGCCCUGGCCGCGGCGGCGGCAGCGGCGGCCGCGGCGGCGGCGGCGGAGGGCGCCCUGCGCCGCAGCCCCAGCGCCCGCGAGCCCGAGCGCGAGCAGCCGCCGGCGUCCUUGCGGCCGCGGCUGCGGGACCUGCCCGCCCUGCUGCGGAGUGGGCUCACGCUGCGGAGGAAGCGGAGCGUCGCCGGGGGACGGACUCUGUCGAGAAGAAUCUCCAACCCCUACCUUGACCAUAGUCCUUCCCAGAUCUACGGAGAGAAUUCUUCUUGCGCAGGAAGAGCCCUGAGAAAUAUGGUCAUGGUACAGGCGGCUGAGCUGAUAAAGGACAGAGUGAACCUCAAGGGCUUUUACAGGAGAAGCUGUGUCGGGUCGGAGCUGGUCGACUGGCUUCUGGAACACUGUCCUUUUGUCCAGUGCAGGUCAAUGGCCGUCGGGGUCUGGCAGCUCCUCCUGGACAUGGGGAUCAUGUCGUCAGUGGACCAACACCUGUACUUCCAAGACAGUUACGUUUUCUACCAGUUCUCCUCGGAUGAGUGCAGCUACCUGUACUGUGAAUUUGAGAGAGAAGGGGAAUGGCAGAACGGUGUCAGACUCCUGCUGCAACUCGUGCCUCUCAUUCCUGCCCGGGCUGGCAUCUGUGACCUGUCUCAUCAGAAAAUGGAAGACCCCGAAGAAAGCAGCGAUGAGAUUCUCGCUCGCCUAACGUCUGCGGUGCAGAGAGAGCUUGCUGCUGUUAUUGCUUUGAAAGCAAGGAAGUCUGCAAUUGAACAGGAUGAGGAAAACAACGUCAAACACGUGACAGAAGCCGAAGGCUCUGCGGACGCCCAGGCAGGGGUGAUGUGCAAGCUUCAAGAGAGAGAUGACAUGGGACGGAUUGAACUGGUCCAGAAGCUGGCACGAGAAAACUGUCAGUUUUUGCAGACGGACAGAAAGGAACCGGAGAAACCUGAGCACCAAGACGAGGAGGUGAGCACGGUGCAGGUGCGAGAGCAGGAGCGGGACGUCCUGGUGCUGAGGAGAGUGCGGGGCGGCGGCCCAGCCCCCGCGGCCGACGGCGAUUGGAGAUAUGUGGUGGUGUCCGGGACCCCGGAGAAGAUUCUGGAGCACCUUCUGAACGACCUGCACCUGGAAGAGGUCCAGGACAAAGAAACAGAGACCCUGCUCGACGACUUCCUUCUCACGUACACUGUCUUUAUGACGACCGAUGACCUGUGCCAGGCGCUGCUCAGACACUAUUCUGCUAAGAAGUAUCAAGGCAAGGAAGAGACCUCGGACGUUCCGUGUCGGAAACGGAAGGUGCUGCAUCUUGUUUCCCAGUGGAUCGCGCUCUACAAGGACUGGCUGCAUGAAGACGAGCAUUCCAAAAUGUUUCUGAAGACCAUAUACAGGAAUGUCCUAGAUGACGUCUAUGAAUACCCAGUACUUGAAAAAGAACUGAAAGAAUUCCAGAAGAUCCUGGGAGUGCACCGGCGCCACACUGUGGAUGAAUAUUCACCACAAAGGAAGAAUAAAGUCCUUUUCCACCAAUUCAGUCUCAAGGAGAACUGGCUGCAGCACAGAGGCGCUGUGAUUGAAACAGAAGAAAUCUUUUGCCACGUGUACAUAACGGAGCACUCCUAUGUCAGUGUGAGGGCCAAAGUUUCCAGCACAGCCCAGGAGAUCCUGAAAGUAGUCGCAGAAAAGAUCCAUCACGCAGAAGAGGAGCUGGCCCUGGUGGCCAUUGCGUUCUCCGGGGAGAAGCAUGAACUUCAGCCGAAUGACUUGGCCAUCUCCAAAUCCCUUGAGGCAUCUGGGCGGUUAUAUGUCUACCGGAAGGACCUGGCUGACACUUUGAACCCCUUCGUGGAAAACGAGGAGUCACAGCAAAGGUCGAUGCGGAUUUUGGGGAUGAACACUUGGGAUCUGGCCCUGGAGUUAAUGAAUUUCGAUUGGAGUCUGUUCAAUUCCAUUCACGAGCAAGAGCUGAUCUACUUCACGUUCAGCAGGCAGGGGAGCGGGGAGCACACCGUGAACCUCAGCCUCCUGCUGCAGAGGUGCAACGAGGUGCAGCUCUGGGUUGCCACCGAGAUCCUGCUCUGCAGCCAGCUGGGCAAGCGCGUGCAGCUGGUGAAGAAAUUCAUCAAGAUCGCGGCACACUGCAAGGCCCAGCGGAACCUCAACUCCUUCUUCGCCAUCGUGAUGGGUCUCAACACUGCGUCCGUCAGCCGCCUGGCGCAGACCUGGGAGAAAAUCCCUGGGAAGUUUAAGAAGCUGUUUUCUGAACUGGAGAGUUUAACUGACCCUUCCCUGAAUCACAAAGCCUACAGAGACGCAUUCAAAAAGAUGAAGCCGCCCAAGAUCCCCUUCAUGCCCUUACUGCUUAAAGAUGUCACCUUUAUUCAUGAAGGAAAUAAGACGUUCUUGGAUAAUCUCGUCAAUUUUGAGAAGCUGCAUAUGAUCGCAGACACGGUCCGGACCCUGAGACACUGCAGGGCUAACCAGUUUGGAGGCGACCUGUCUCCGAAAGAGCAUCCGGAAUUGAAGUCCUAUGUGCACCACCUGUACGUCAUUGACAACCAGCAGGCCCUGUUCGAGCUCUCGCACAGGAUCGAGCCGCGGCUGUGAGCGCCGCCAGCCCCUUGCCGGGACGGCCGCACCCGCUUUGCUGGGAGGCGCGAGGUUGCUGAGUUUUAUCAGUGCCCCACGAGACACUCACAGGAAAGCCAGCCCCAGCGUGCGCCAUGGGUGACCACGAAGAGAAGCUGCUCCGUGCCACUCCUGGGGUAGGAGGGCAGAUGGAGCAUCAGGAGCUGUCUUGAAAUGGAGAAAUCUGGGUUUCUUAUGAUCACGUUGUUGAUCGAGUCCAGCUUUCAAUUGAAGACAGGAAAACACGUCUCGACGUACCCUACCCCAGCAUCUCCGGAUGCGCCCACGUACAGCAGCAAGCAUCCUCACUUUGCCUGGCUUGCAAACUUCCUGCUUACAAACUCUCAGAGUCCUCCUCUCGGCCACCUAAAGACAGCGUUGGUGUCUCUAGGUCUCCAGGGAGGAGAGGGCUCUGUCCAGCCAAACCCAGGACAGCACCAGCAGCUGCUUGUCUCUAGGGGUGAGUGCGGACCGGCUGCUGGCACCCACGCCCUGACGUGCCGCUGAGCAGUGCCAAGGCAUGUGUCUCUCUGCAUCCACAAUCACAGCCCAGUGUCUGCUCGCAGGUGCAUUUAGUUCCUGUUCAACUGACUCGCAGCUCCAGGCAAAGCAGACUAAGUUGCUUUGCCAAUAAGGAAAAAAAUAGUCAUCGCUAAGAAACGGACUCAGUGUUGAGUUCCUGGGGAUUUUCUUGACGCUGGGGAGCAGGCUCUUCUCUGUAUCAGGCGGAACACGGUUUUGAAAAAGCACAGAGCCUGACCCCUCGUGGGCACGCGGCAGCUGCUGCUGGACCGAGUCAGGCCUGCAGUCUUGAGCCUGAGGGUGCCCAGCGGUUUGCACACUUCGGGCGGGCUCCCUGCCCCCAGCAUGGCUUGUGAUCAGCCUAGCUGGCAGGGAGCAGGGCGAAGGGCCAUUGGCUGUAGGAAGCACUUAGCACUCUGUCCAAGGAGGAGGUAAGACGCCAGCAGGGGAUGCCGGUCUUUGGCAAACGUAAAGUGCCCGGAUGCAUCCUGGUGUCUGAUUCACAUUAGAGACCCCCCCCUCCAAGUCCUGUGGCCCCCUCGCAGCCACAACAGAGCUUUUCUAUACUUUAAGUCUUUGUUGCUACCCCUUGGUUUCAAGCGGGGAGUCCGGUAGCAAACAGGACGUUUUGCCAUUUUCAGGGCAGGAUGAGGAGGGGUUGGAGAAUUGCCCAUAUCCUGCAAAUGAGCAGGCAAUCCCGUGUGUGCAGGUGUCGGAAUCCACCUGUGCCAGCUACAGCCAUGUCGCUUUGCCAAGGUGCCAGGGCCCUGCCUCCGGUAUUCGAUCCCAUCAUUGUCCACACCUAGGACCCUCAGCAUCCUUCUCUCCACGCCCCCAUUCUUCUCUCGGCUGCCCACCCACCCACACAGACCUGCUUACUCCUGGUCUCGCCAGCCCCUCUUUCAGCUUUGUGGCUGAUUGGGGCCCUGUGCCCUCUGAGGCCGUUUGUAGCCAUGCCGUUCGUGGGGCUUCAGAUAGCGCCGGCAGGAGCCCCCUGGAGGAAAUCUUCUGUGGGACGUUCAGAGAGACCCAGACUGGGCCAGCAUGUCAAACUCAGUCCUGUAGGACCGAGGACUGGCCGCUCCCAGAUCCGCUUCCUGCCGCAGGAAGGGACCAGGUCUUGCUGGAGAUCAGAGCCCUGGGGUCCUGAGGGAGGAGACCUCUCCCCCUCUCCCCCCACCACCUGCUGCUGCAGCGCUCCCUACAUCCUGCCCUUGGUAGUUGGUGAGGGUGACCUAUGCCUACCUGCUCUUGUCCUUUCUCUGUGCUCGGGACCAGUCCGUCAGCUGAGGCCGUUUUGGUGUCGUCUCAACAUUCUAGAGUUUGUCCCUUCCUCGGCACUAGACCUACCCUGCUCCAAGUAGACAGCCAGCCACCUGGAGAGUGGAGUUCUCUGGGUCUUUUCUGGAAUGUGUCCACUGUCUCCACUGUUUCCCAAGUAGCAGCUCUCAGAAAUUUUAGGGGGUGGGGGCCGGUGAUGCUCCCCAGGAAGCUCUCUCUAAGGAAGCCCAGCUGAGAGCAGGCCAUCAGGGAGGAGCGCCCCCUGGCUCCCUGUUUGGGGGCUGGGCCCUGGCCCAAGCCCUCCAUCUUCACCUAGGCCUCUUCCCUGAAGGUUUUGUCCUGACUCAGCAGGUGGCCUGGAUGACUCAGCUCUUUUCGGGCUCUCCUUUGGGUUUUUACAUCUCUAUGCUAGUGACAGCACAACCAUGGGCAGCCCCGAGGGUCUUUGUAUUCAUCCACAAACUAGCCCUGCUUCUAAGUUCGCACUGGGCAACCAUCCGCAGGCUCCCAUAGGCAAAAUCGCAACUUUCCAGUUUUUAAGGUUCCCCAUAUACACUCGCAGGUGUUCCGCAGACUACUGUGUUUUGAAUCCACUCUUUGUUACACGAUCUGUAUAAUUGCCAAGUGGUUUUAGGGAUAAAUAUUAGGACUAGCAGUCACUUUUUUUUUUUUUUUUAGUAUCUUUGAUUAUGUUUAGAAUAAGUUCAUUUUCCUAGACCACAGGGGGUAAGUGUGGAACAUGCAUUGAAUUUGGAAGCAUUAAAGAAACAGCCACACCUCUGAGUCUGUAGAAAGAGGAUGCUACGCCAGUCCACGCUCACCUGGGAGUGCGGGAGAAACAGGUGCACGGAAGAGGUAGCUGGUGAUGCCUCUUGGUCCCUGGGGCUGGACCUUCCCUGCUGCCCGAACCCAGCCCUGCAGUCCUGUUGGAGCCGGCGUGUGGACCAUAAAUCCCAAACAGGUGUUCCUUCAACGACACAAGGAGUCCCUGCUCCUGAGAACCUGGGCGAAAACAUUCAAACGCAGUCUGCCACACAAGAUUUCUUGUCAAGUCUUACAGACAUGUCCUUAAAAUUUCAGCCUGCUCACUAGCGAGCACACCAGUCUUGCUUCAAACUGGUAGCGGGGUGGGGAAGGCUUUUAAACGUCGCCAAAAAGUAUGAUGAAAUGUACUACUGUGUAAAGCAAAGCUGUAUAUACUAAACGUUUUCUAGCAGAGUAAUAUUUAUUUGCAUAGCCUAUUUAUUGUAUUCGUAUUACACUGUUAUUAAAAACUGGGAUGAAAUCCAUGACCUGAAGCGAGGAACCUUGCCUUCUCCCAUCUCGUUCACCAGGGCCGCUGUGACACAGUCAGCUUGCGUUAACGAUUAGAAGACAAACCCCCGAUCAGGGCGUCUACCUAACUUCUCAGGGACUACGCUUGUAGUUUUCCACCAUCGAAAGAGCUGGUGAAUAUGAAGCAUUUGUGGAGUUACCAGCACUGCCAUGAACAGUGUUUCCCUCCCCCACCCCCCAUCUUUCACACUUCCUGCCUCUGUAUAUAGGACUGUGCUGUGUAUUUAUCGAAGCUAGCAAGCAAUAACUUAAUAUGUAAAAAUGGCCAAGCAAUAUAAGGUGAACACAUACAAGUAACGGUUACCUUAUCUGUAUUUUCAAGUUUUUU